AUGCCUUGCUUGGCGCACCACUACCACCCCAAGCUCCCGGCCACUAACCACUGCAAGUCUCUCUCCUGCCUCAUCCGGGAGACCUACGCACACUGCCAUGUCCCCUGCCUCAGGAUCCCCGGCGCCGGGUGGAGCUCCGACGAUGACACAGACGACGAGGACGCGCUCGACACCAAACAGGUAACAGCAGAGCAUGCUAUAGUCAUGUUCAUGCUGAGUUCACUUGAGAUUGAGGUCAUGAGUAACAGGAGAGUAAGAUGUCUUGCGUUGAUGCUGCAGGUGAUACUCAACGAGAUGAGGAGGCGGCAGCUGAAGAAGGAGUCGCGGUGCAGCGCGGGCUCUCCGACUCUGUCGAGCGCCUUCAUCUGGUCGUUCACCCCGCUCGAUCCGAGAAGCGUUCUGGAGAAGGUCUCGAGCCCUGAGCAGUUCGUCGUGGUGGAAGGGGAGCAGAAGGAAGAGGCGGAGGCGGGCAGCGAAAACGGCGACGCCGAGAGCGACGCGUUCUUCUCGGUGAAGAGCUUCUUCACGCGCAGCACGAGCCGGGCGGCGACCGUGGCGUCGUUGACGGACAUGGGCCCGCCGGCGACGUGGGAGGGCUUCCAGCACUGCGAGGGGUGGCCGUUCGGGCUGUGCCGCCGCCCCGCCGUGCCCCCGCUGCCCAGCACGCCGGCCGACUCCUGGAAAUGGCGCAAGCAGAGCAGUGGCCGCAACCUCGUCGUGAGCCCGCGCCCUGUGUACGGUCACAAGAUCACAGCGACUUAA